AUAAAAUUGCCAAUGUAUAGAUAAAAAAUGUAGAAACGCUGAGGUAAAACCCCCAAAUUUAGCUUAUGAAAUGCAUGCUUUUUAUAACCACGUCUUCAUCUUCACAGUCCUAAACAGGCUGCAGUUUAGUUGUUUACCUACUGGUAGAUUGAAGGCAGGAUAGUUGGUAUAAAGUUGCUUGGUUUAAAGAGGGCCUAAGCUGUUUAAAGAGAUGGAUGAGAAGAAACCAAUACUUGGAUCAAGACCAAGCAUGAAUCAAGGGUACUCUAGCUCAACACCAUACACUGCUGGGGGCCCCUCGUACCAAGAGGUAAUUCCUGCAGGAUCCUACCCAGGGGAGCCCCCUCAACAGGGGCAAUAUGCCUCUGGCCCGCUACAGGGUCAGUACCAAAGUGGCCCUCCACAGGGGCAAUAUCCAGGCCAGUACCAAGGGGGACCACCACAGGGGCAAGGUGGGGACAGUGGACUAGUGGGAUGCCAGGUGAUUGUUCAGGUCCAGUCUCAAGGGCCUACACCGGACACAGACAUGGAGGACAAUCCCAAAGCAGUGACCACUGCGCCAUCUGCACUGCCCCUGGAGAAGAUGGACUCAGUGGUGGGCUACUCCAACAUUGGGUUUGAUGGUGCAAUGUUGCAGCCUCCUACCUUUGAGGCGACUGUGAGAGAACCGCCUAGGAGGGAGGAGUUACACGAUUUACCACGAAUCGAUGAGCAUGAGACUCGCCAGGCACUUCUUCAACACGUUGCAGAAAAUUGCUGUUACGGGAAAGGGGCCGCUGCUAACCUGACUUUUAAUGACCUCAUAGCUACCAGCGCCUUCCAUUAUACAUUGGAGACAUUUGGGGAAGCACGAUCCACAACCUGGGCCUAUGAACCUUAUAUUGGUCAGGUGAUUGAUGGCCCCCACAACGGCCCAGCCCCCGGACCCUGGGACAUACCGGCCACGCCCCCAGCGGUGUUCCAGAACCAGAAAACAUCCAUUGAAGUCCCACACACAGCUUCUGUCAAAGUGCGCUGUACCUGGUGUAACGGUAACGGUUGCAAGAUGGUGAACUACAAAGGGAAGUUGGAGAGGGAGCCCUGUAACUGGUGUCAUGGGAAUGGAAGAAGAAGUUGUGACACGUGCCAUGGGUUCGGUAGGGUCACUUGUUCAGAAUGUCAAGGUCACUCUAAGCUCAAGUGUUACAUCUGCCUCAGCAUUAUUUGGACUAACCAUCUUCAAGACCACAUCGUUGAGCGUACCAUGCUACCCGACCAUCUGAUUCGUACAGUCAGCGGCCAAGUGGCGUUUUCUGAGACACAACCACAGGUCUGGCCAGUGAAUCAUUUCCCAGACAGUGAUAUAAACAACGCUUCCAACAGACUGGUGGCCCAACACGCCUCUGCCUUUCCCUCCGAGAGGAUACUCAUGCAGCGCCAUCAAGUGAGGAUCAUCCCUGUGACGCAGGCCUUGUACAAGUGAAAGGGGGCAGACAGCGAUUUCUUCGUGUACGGGUUUGAGAAGAAAGUUUAUGCCCCAAAUUACCCGCAACAGUGCUGCUGCGGCUGCUCCAUUCUGUAAACCUGCCAAACAGGUGCUGUUGCCUGGCAGUAAGAGUGUGGUGGAAUACUAGAAAUGUCCUUUAGCUAUUUUGCAAUGUUUGUCAAAAACAGUUUCUGCUCAAUUACUUGAGUGUGGAUUGAUAUAUUACGCUGAAAUAUUGUGUGUAGGUUGCUUACCUGCUGAUUUAACUAGAGCUUGAAUAAUAUUUUUAUUUAAAUUCAAUGAAUAUAUGUAUUAAAUGUUCAAGAUCUGGUUUCAUGGGAUUGAUUUAUGUAUUUCUUGUUGUCUCCAAUAGUUUCUGUGCCUUGAUUUGUACAACAAAUUAAUACAUUUUUCAUAGAUCAAUGAUAUGACCUUUACAUAGGCAUAUUUUGUGACAAGUUGGCAAGUUUCUCGAAAUUGAAAUUCAGGUCAAGAAUAAGGAGAUUUAAUCAUUUUUGCCUUUAUCAUUUGAUGUGCUUUCUAUCAUAUAUAAUACAAUCAUAUUAAUAAUAUCAUAAGCAUGUUUUGUUUUAGAUAACAUCUUAAGCAUUCUGAUUAGCAACCUUUCUUUUAUUUACCAAUUACAUAAUACUAUUUUGUUUAAAAUGUAUGUGUAGAGUUAGUUGUAUGGUUUGUUAUUUUGCAAUACAUCUUUGUUCUCUUAUCAAUGGCAAUUCUAUCUUAUGUGUUAUGUAAUGUGUAAAAAUCAAAAUAAUUGUAUGGUGAUAUGUUUAUACGAUUUUGACUUGCAAGUCACACAGUUUAUUGUAUUUUUAUACUUUUUAUUUUAAACAAAAUAGACUGGGCGGGGGGGGGGAUUAAAUAAUGUGCUAUGCUUUAUGUUUAACUAAAGUAUGAACACAAUUAUUUUAGUUUCCUGUCAUCAAAUAAACGUUAAAAAAUUCCCCAGGUUAUUAAGCUUAGAAGAUACUUUUUGAUAUUUAGUUGUUUUUUUUUGGUAUAAGGGUUAAGGUUGUUAGAUGUUUUGAAUACCAAUCGAUUGAUAUCAAAUACCUGAACACAUUAUUUUAAAGUCUAAAUAUGUGUGUUGUUUAUAUUGUGCUCUUGAUGUUCAAAUGUACAAGUCUAGCAUUUCUGCUUUUAUUUAUAACUUGCAUUUUAUUUUACACUUUUGUACAUUUUACCGGUGUAAAAUUUUGUUUGAAGUUUCAGGUACUUAAUUUUUUUCAAGUGUUAUAUGUUUCGUUAAAUAGUUUUAACUCACAAGGGACUACCCAAGGCCUUAAACAUAGGGAGAAGUCACUUCUCCUUUCUUCUGAAACAGGGAGAAGUUUGGAAAAUCAGGGAGAAAUUUGUGCGAACAAUAUUAACUUUAAGUUAUUCAGAAACAAAACAUGUUCAUUUCACAACUUUUCUUAUUGCUAUCAUUAUACUAGGUUAAUUUGUCAAAACAAUAAAUUAUUAUUAAAAUCUUCUUCAUGAUAACACAUUUAAGUCAUUUUACACAUUUAAGUAAUGUAAUAUAUUUACCUGUAGCACCUUUUCAUCACAUAUUUAUCGUCAUUACAUUAUCAUCAUCCCUAUGACUGAUUUUGUAACAAAACACAAUCUUAAUGCAUGGAACAUCUAGUAUAUCUCAAUUACAUCACACAGAUAUAAGAGUUCAUCUUAAUAUCAAAUAUAUCAUUCACAUAUAUUCUCAUGAUUCAUAUAAUAUCAAAUAUGUAAUUCACAAAUAUUCUCAUUAUUCAAUAAUAUCAAAUAUAUCAUUCAUAUAUAUUCUAAUGAUUUGCCAUAUUUACAAAUACAUUAGGUUUAUGUAGACUUCCUUAUGUACAAAUAAUCAUUCCUGCUACAACCCACCACACUUGUUGUUCUUUUUUUAAUAGUAUUUCUAUGUGCAAUUUCUGGUGAGUAGAAUGCAAAAUAUUAUAAACCACACCAUCCAUAACACUGCAUGUGUUUUUGUCAUUCUAUAAAAAUGUUAUAAAGAAUGUAAAAAAUAAAUUAAAAUCGACGAACCAUUCCGUAACCAAAACGACUGUCCGAAAAAGUGUCGAGAUACGUCCUAUGCACAUGAAAUAAAAUAUGCAUAUCGUUUGACUGCAGAAAAUUAAAACCAGUAACCUAGCAAAUAUGCAAUUAAUAUAUAAUUUGGUUAACAUGGUGUAUUAAAAUAUGCUAUUGCAGUGCUUUACUUUGUUAAUAGAUAAAGCUGGCGGACAUUUGCAACAAUUGUAGAAUUGUAAGAAUUUAGGGAAGUAGCCUCACUGGAGCAUGAAGUGCUGAGGGUGAGCUUUUGUUAUCACCUUAUAUCUGGCGUCUAUAGGGUGAGCUUUUUUUAUCACCCUAUGUCCGGCGUCCAUAGUUGUCAGUUGUGGCGUACACAUCAUCAAUGUGUAGCCCUUUACCAUAUAGAGGCCUCAUUUUUAUGAUCCUACGGAAUGGGAGGCAUUGUGCAUUGCACUUUUAAGUCUUUUCAUACUUACGUAAUUCCAAAGCUUGUGUUUUAAAAUCCUUUAUAACUAUUGGAUGGAUCUCGCUCAAACUUUUAUAGUUAAAUGACCUAAUUUGUAGAUGAUUGUCAAGAAAGAAAUUAUGGCUGCAAUGUUUUUUGCAGCAUUUCCACAAUAGAAUAUAUAUUAUCCCAAAAUGUGUUUUAAAGGACUGGUUCAAUCUCGCCAAAAUUCUCAGUUGAAUAGUCUUUAUGUUAAGUUGAUUUAAAAUAAAAAGGAAUAGUGACAGCCCCAAGUUUUUACCGACGUUUAGCCCUUUGUAUUUUUGUCAAUUGUAGAGAUAUAGUAGAUUUGUAUGUGCUGUCAUAUGUGCAUGUGGCACUGUUCUAGUUUAACUACUCUUUCACACUACUGAGUCAAUCUUGCGUCCUUACUAAUCUAACUUUCACAUUUAAAUGACAUCAAUUAGUUUAUGAUUGGAAGAGAGGAUUUUUGAGUGUGAAUACAGUCCAACCUGUCCCAGCGACCACCUUUUAAUAGAUACCACCUGUCAAUCACAUCGAUUUCCUCCACAAAUAUCCAUUUUGAUACCUAACAAAGACCACUUCAAUCAUAACAAUCAACGAUUUCGCAACUUUCAAUAACAAAAACGGCCACCAUGACGCUGUGAUAGUCACGUGAUAAACAUCUAUCCAGUAUACUCGUCGGUCGCUAUGGAAAUAUUGGCAAGUAAAAGUUUACUGCACUCGAUAGCAGUUGUUUGUUUACUGAACACACAUUGUUAAUUAUAGCCACCUGCUUCUUUUAUGCAUUUAUCAGUUUGUCGAAAGUGUAAGAAGUUGCUUUUGUAUUUUAGUGACUUGUGAUUAAUGUUCUAAUUGCCGAAUAUAUCAAACAAAAGUUUUGGGCUUUAAUCAACUCAUUAAGAAAAUUAACGGUUACGUUACAAUUACAAUGCCAAUUACAAACAUACAUUUUGAUAUUCAUUCCUUUCUAAAAUUUCUCCGUGAUAAGACGUGCAAAGAUUAUCGAUACGGAAUUUGUCAGUUCAAGUACAUAUUAAAGUAUGUCAAUAGUUAUGUAUACAUGAUAUGAUUAAUGAAAUAAAUAACAAAAACAUAAGGAAAUUGAAAUAAUAAAUAUAAAAUCAAAACUGUGUGUUCAAUCCUCUAUGACAUUAUACAUGAAUUAGUAUUCAACCAUUUAAGCAAUAGAGCACAUACAUAGAUAGGGUACCUGUUAAAAUCCUACUAGCAUAUUUUGAAAAGUUUCAAUCGACCCUGCGAAUAAAGGCCACCUGUGAACAAAGACCACAACGACCAAAUCCCUUAAGUGGUCUUUAUUGACAGGUUAGACUGUAGUUCUGGACCGAUUUCAGCCCAUUGUCUUUUUUUACCUCUGUGGAAUAUUGAGUGUAUUUGUGAGUGCCAUAUCAUGUUUUAUAAGGGCAUCAGCGUCUGUGACAAAUUUCUAGUUCAUCAAAUCUUAAUGAAACUUGGUCAGUAUGUUUAUCUGGCAAUAUCUAGGAUGAGUUCGAAUCUGGGUCACAAAGCUUCCAGAAACAAAGUCACAUGGUCAAAUCUUAGAAAAACCUAAUGACAUUAUCUUGCAUGCGUUAAAAAUGGUUGAAUCUUUUAAAAUUCUUACCACUCAAGGGUCAACAUUAAUGCCUCAACCUUGAUGAAACUUAAUAAAAAUGUUUAUCUUGACAAUAUAUAGGCCAAGUUCGAAUCUUAGGUAAAUUCAAAAACUAGGUCGACUUGUAAAAUCUUUAGAACAAACCUUGUAAUCACUCUAGAAGCCACAAUUAUGACUCAGUAUUGAUAUUACUUUGUCAGAAUUUUAUCUUGACAAUCUAAAGACCAUAUUUGAAUAUGAUGUGGUAAAAACCUGGAUCCUAGGUAAUGUCUCUAACAAUUUGCGUCUAUGAGCACUAAAAUGCCAUCGAUCAACAUUAUAACAUUUAAAUAUGUGUUAACUGGUAUUUACAGAACAUAUAGACUGUAAAUAUUCAAAGUCCCUAGUAUGGUUUAUGUUCUACGUCUAUUCUUUAUUUGUAAAUCUAAGAAUGGGUUAGUGAAUACAGGUUCAGGUGAACUUUUUUGCAAAAUGUUUAUGUGAAAAAGGUGCAAUUAAAUUGCGAUGAAUGAAAAAGCUCUAUAAAAAAAUCUGAUUGACAUUUUGCAGAUGUCCAUUUUAUGACUUAAUAAAGCUUGCCAAUAUUCACCUGGUACUUACCUUUAUGCAUGCAUUUUGUAUUUUAAUACCAUCAUGAUGAAUAUUCUUGUUACAACACUGGACGCGAUUUGAAAUGAUUAUCUCGUUACUCACUAAGUACUAGUUUACUGCUAUGGCCUUGUUAAACUCGUGCAAAAUGUCCUCAAAUAAAAUCUUAUGCAAAUAUAGGAAACAAUCAAUGUGUAUAACUUAUGCUUAUAAUGCAGACCACAAAUGCCAGUUAAAUGCUUUCUAUCUAUAUUUACUGGUUAACUUGUUAAAUUUGACGAAGGUUCUGUGAUGGCUUUUUUGUCGUUUAGAAAUGAGAGUAUGCCAAUAGUGGGUUUACUACUUGGAACAAUUACCUCAAUACCUGUAUACAUGUACUUUAUUACACUGACUUAUAAUAUUUGUUAAGGUUGUUUUGUUUGUUGUAGAAUAUUAUUUUAGUACUGUGAUACAUGUAUUUAUAGUAGCAGGAGACAGUGUUUACAUAGUCAAUAGUUCUGCUGACAAUUAAUUCUUUACCUUCCGUGGUUUAAAAUAUUUCAUCUGCUUCAUUUUUUGACUUUCUGGGAUAAUUUUAUGUUUCCCCAAUUAGUUGAACAUUUUAAUUAUUUUGUUAUGGCUGUUUCCCUGUUUGUAAAAACUCUUUCCUUAUCCUGAUUCACUAUCUAAUAGAGAACAAAAUAUGAUUUUAGUUGUUGUUCUAAGCAAUUAAUUAUGAUUCUGAUUCAUAGGAAUUUAACAAUGACAGAAUAAAACUCAGUUGUUUAAUAUAUAUGCCUUUUUAAUUGCUAAUCAGAAAAAAAAUCCUCUAGGACAUAUUGUGGGUGUUUACUGGAACCACAAUGGGUGUAUACUGGAACCACAAUUGGUGUUUACUUGAACCACAAUGAGUGUAUACUGGAACCACAAUGGGUGUAUACUGGAACCACAAUGGGUGUCCGUCAGUCUGUGAAAAAAAGAUCUGAUAAGCUUUUUAACUUGCAAUAUUGAAACUUUGUUAUUCCCACGCCUAACCAUCCAUGUCCACAUUACCCACCCCAGGGCCAUUGAUAAAGGUAAAGGCAGCUUGGUUCCCGUCAUCUUUCAACUUUAUCGAGAGCUCCACGGAUACUACUUCCCCGUACCCCCAAUUUUUUUUCGUACCCAAAAUAUAUCGUACCCAAUUUAUUUCCUUUACCAAUUUUGUUCUCGUUCCCAGUUUUUCUAUGUAUCCAAAUUUUUUUUUCCUACCUCAAUUUCCCCGUACAACCAAAUUUAUUUUCGUUACCAAAAUUGUUUGUAUCUAAAAAAAAAUUACCCAAUUUUUGUUGUACCCAAUUUUUUCGGACCCAAAUGUUUUAUAGUAACACAAAUUUUAUCGUGCCCAAUUUUUGUUUUAACAAAAAAAAUUUCCUACCUAUUUUUUCAUACCCAAUUUUUUUGGUACCCUAUUUUUUUGCGUAAGCAAUUUUUUUUCGGACCCAAAUUUAUUUUCGGACUAAAUUUUUUUUUGUACCCAAAUUUUGUUUCGUACCCAAUUUUUUUCAUACCCAAAUUUGUUUCGUAUCCAAAACCCACAUACAAAAUUGUGGUGAUGUAGAUACACUUAAAUUGAUGCUUUUAUAUCCAUCCUCUUUAAAAACAUCCUCACACCAGUACUGUCAGUACUUCGAUUCUUAUUUUUCAUUUAUUAUCCCCACGCUCAGAGUUGGAGCGGGGAGAUUAUGUGGUAAUCUACGCCGUCUGUCCGUCAGUCCGUUUGUCCUUGCCACUAUCUCCUCCUACACUAUUAGCACUAGAACCACGAAACUAAAACACAUGGUAGCUAUGAGCAAAUGUGCUACAGUGCACUAUUUGGAAUUUUGAUCUGACCCCUGGGUCAAAAGUUUAGGGAUUGGAAUGGGGAUGGGUCAGAGAUUUUCACUCAUUUGUUAUGUUAUUUAACAUUAACUUCUUCAUUUCUACACCGAUUUACUUCAACUUGAUACUGAACAUCUUUUAUGACAAUACGGUCAAUCUUAACUAUGCAUGGCCCCAUAACCAACCCUGGGGCGCCCCGCCCACAUAGACCACGCCCACCCACAAUUUUGUUUUAACAUAACUUCUUCAUUUAUUCACCAAUUGAAUUCAAAUAAAUACUGAACAUCGCUUAUGACAACACGGUCUAUCUCGACCAUCCAUGUCCACAUCACAUACCCCAGGGCCCCGCCCACAUAGGCUACAACCGCCCAAAAUGCCGUUUACUAUAACUUUUUCAUUUCUACACCGAUUAUUAUUCACUUCUAAUUGGUACUGAACUGCUCUAAUGACAAUACGGUCAAUCUCAACUAUGCAUGACCCCAUUACCAAUCCUAGGGCGCCCCGCCCACCCAAAAUUUUGUUUUAUGAUAACUUGUUCAUUUAUUCGCCAGUUUACUCCAAAUUAUUACUGAACAUUUCUUAUGACAACACGGUUUAUGUCGACCAUCCAUGUCCACAUUUUUCCAUCCGGGGCCUCACCAAAAUAGGCCUUGCCCACCCAAAAUUGCCUUUUAAUAUAACAUCUAUGCGGCGUAGGGAUACGUGUCGGUCUCUGUCGCGCCACUUCUAGAUAUGAUUUGAAGUGAUGCAUAUGCAAUAUUUAAUAAUCAUUUACUAUGUAUAUGUUAAGAUUUACUUAACUUAUGUACAUUUUCAAUUAAGACCAUCUAUAAUAUGAUCAUUAAAACUUGCUUGACUAUAUG